GAACGAGAACCUCUUCCUGUUUUUAGCUCUUGCUCUUGAUCAAAGGCUCGUGUGGAUGGCAUUGACAGACUGCAUGGAUGUAUAAAGAGUAUAUUUGACCGUGAUAUUGUGAUGUUGUACAAGUUAAAAUCAUGAAUAUUAUCAAUCGCUCCAAGAAACUGGUAUCUUCGGUAUUUAAGAGUAAUGUUUUACUGGAGCAAAGUGUUUAUAGAAGCGUCUGUUCGCUCCCCAAAGCUCGUUGUCACAGUCAGUGUUUAACACGACGUUUAACAGCAACGCUUUCCUCAUGUCAGCACUGGCAUCAUGUCUCCACCUGUCCCUUAGACACAACAAGAUCCUAUUCAGAAAUGCGUUGUGAAAGCAGUGAUUCAAAGAUGAGCAGUGGCGUGUUUCAGGAGGAAUCACAGGAGAAGGACAGUGACAGCAGUGCCCUGAGUCAAAGAUCUCCUGAGACGUUCACUCUGGAUGUGUUGGUGUCUCUAUUGCGUCAGGAAAAUGCAGUGGACAUCUGUGUGAUUAAAGUACCAGAGCACAUCAAAUAUACAGAGUACUUCAUUGUUGUCGGUGGUGUAUCGUCGAGACACCUCCGCGCAAUGGCACUUUAUGCCAUCAAAGUGUACAAGUUUCUGAAGAAAGAAGGAAAUCCGAAUGUCAAGAUCGAAGGAAAGGAUGCAGAGGACUGGAUGUGUAUUGACUUUGGGAAUAUGGUUGUUCACUUCAUGCUACCAGAGACCAGAGAAGUGUAUGAACUGGAGAAGCUCUGGACUCUGCGCACGUAUGAUGAGCAGUUGAAGAGCAUGCCUGCUGAGAUGCUACCCGAAGACUUCAUAUAUGAUGUUGAAGUCACAAAGUGACAAAUCAUCCAAGCUGUGCAGAGACUUUACUACUUCUUUGUGACUCAGGAUGCAUCCUCUCCUACUCCUGUGAGUAGAAAUAAAAACAUUUUUGUUUGAAAUUGAGAAAUCUAAAUGGAUUGAACAGCAAUACUGUAGGAAUCACUGCCCCCCACCAUAUUGAUUGUUUGUAUACAACGUUCUUUUUUUAUAUUAUUUGACUAUUAGAGGGCAUUGGGCGGUAUUUGUAAAAUAACAGUGUUUAUGUUUGAAUGAUUUUUGAGUCUGCUUGAAAAAAUAUCUGUUUUAAUAUAUAAAAUAGAUUAUUUUAAUACCAUUCUAGAUAUCGGCAAAUUAUUCUCUAAAUAUUACCAUGUUGUGGCAGAGUUUUUCCUCAGCCACAUUUAAGUAGUGAAUUUUACAUAAUUAUUAAAACUAAAAUUACUCAUGGCAAAGAAUGGUCCCUUUCCCUUUGUUAAAAUGAGUGACCUAAAAAUGUAGUGGAGAUAAAGAAUAAAGCUUCAUGAAAAGGAAAUAUUCACAAGUGCACAGUCUCACCUUCCACCUAUGGUUCCCGUUCACUGAGCAGUUUGUUGUCUGCAGGAAAUAGCAAGUUUUAGGAACAGGUUUUCCUAGGAAAUUGUUUUGUGGGGUCACCAAAACAAGCCAUUCCAGUUGAUUCUUUCAAUCAAAUCAAACAGGCUGAUAGCUCCCUACGGGAAAAGAGAGGUUGUUGGCCAAAGUGUUAGUCGUGAUAUGCAUUCACUCAGUGAUUACAUGCGCGAAGAGAUUGCUCAGUGAACUGGUAACAUACAUGUAGGUCAGUGUGCAACACAAAGACCUUCAUCAGUCUGCAACUGUGCAGUCUUCGGCAAAUAACCAGCAUGUAGGAUACCAUAAAAAUUGUACUGUAUAUUUUGAUUACAUUCUGAAACUGGUGGGUGAAUAUAAGAUUUUUUCCAUCACUGUGAUUUCUAUAAACAUUUUUGAGUUUCUGUCAUGGCAUCAGAUUGAAUACACUGAUUAAAUGACCAUCUGAAGAUUAAAAAG